AUGUCGUCUGCUUUCCUUCUCCUGGCUUGUGCGCUGGUCAUCUAUGACCACGCCAACGGCGUCUGCAGAAACAGGCGUCAGUGUAACAAAGAUGUGUGCGGUUCCUCUUAUGACGUGGCCAUCGUGGGGGCGGGGCCAGGGGGAGCUAACUCCGCUUACAUGCUAAGGGAGUCUGGCCUGGACAUCGCUGUGUUUGAGUACUCUGACCGGGUGGGUGGCCGUCUGUUCACCUACCAGCUGCCCAACACACCCGACGUGAACCUGGAGAUUGGUGGCAUGAGGUUCAUCGAGGGCGCCAUGCACAGACUCUGGAAAGUCAUUUCAGAACUCGGACUGACCCCCAAGGUGUUCAAGGAAGGUUUCGGCAAGGAGGGCAGACAGAGGUUCUACCUACGUGGACAGAGCCUGACCAAGAAACAGGUCAAGAGCGGGGACGUACCCUAUGACCUCAGCCCGGAGGAGAAGGCCAACCAGGGACGUCUGGUCGAAUACUACCUGGAGAAACUGACCGGAUUACAGCUCAACGGCGGACCACUCAAACGGGAGGUGGCGCUCAAACUGACUGUGCCGGACGGCAGAUUCCUCUAUGACCUCACGUUUGACGAAGCCCUGGACCUGGUGGCCUCCCCUGAGGGCAAAGAGUUCGCCCGAGACACGCACGUGUUUACCUCAGAGGUCACACUGGACGCGUCGGCUAUCUCCAUCUUCGAUGACCACCUGGGAGAGGACUACUAUGGCAGUGAGAUCUACACCCUGGAGGAAGGAAUGUCUUCUGUGCCACAAGGACUGCUGCAGGCUUUUCUGGACGCCGAACCCCUGAAGGUUGUGUGUGCUCAGAGAGUCAUCCUGGCCAUGCCGGUCUACGCGCUCAGACAACUGGACUGGCCACAGCUCAGAAAUGAUCGCGCCACCCAAGCGUACAGAGCCGUACGUCCUAUGCCUGCCAGUAAAGUCUUUAUGACCUUUGACCAGCCCUGGUGGUUACAGAAUGAGAGGAAAUCUUGGGUCACCAAAUCAGACGCGCUUUUCAGCCAAAUGUAUGACUGGCAGAAGUCUGAGGCGUCCGGAGAUUACAUCCUGAUCGCCAGCUACGCCGACGGCCUCAAAGCCCAGUACCUGCGGGAGCUGAAGGACCAGGGAGAGGACAUCCCAGGCUCUGACCCCGGCUACAACCAGGUCACCGUUCCCCUCAAGGACGCCAUUCUUGACCACCUCACUGAGGCCUACGGCGUGGAGCGAAACUCGAUCCCAGAACCCGUGACUGCUGCCUCCCAGUUCUGGACAGACUACCCGUUUGGCUGCGGCUGGAUCACCUGGAGGGCCGGCUAUCAUUUUGAUGACGUCAUCAGCACUAUGCGUCGCCCAUCACUGAAAGAUGAGGUCUACGUGGUAGGAUCGGAUUACUCCUGGGGACUUAUAUCCUCCUGGAUAGAGGGCGCUCUGGAGACAUCCGAAAACGUCAUCAACGACUACUUCCUCUAAGUCUACAUCACCACAUGACUGUCUCCGAUAUACUGGAUUAUGUUUGUCUCUGUCUUGUUUGUUGCGAUGUAACGGAUAGAAAUUACCAAGUGUCUUGUUUUGCAUUACGCGCUUAACUGUUUCUAUUAUGAUUAACCCACCUGCAAUAUGACAGACAAAUAAAAAGCAAAUAACGUACAGCAAACA